CUGCUUCUUGGAAGCUUCAUUCAUUUCUCUCCUCUCUCUAUCUCCUGCUUUCGUAAACACAUACACACAAAAUGUUCCGCAGUUGCGUAACGUCUGCGGCAACUACUGCCGGCCGCUCCGCCGUCACCGGGCAGAGGACCCUCGCCACGGCCUCGCCAGUGGGCUCCGCGGCCCGCAACCACAAAGUCGUGGUCAUCGGCGGAGGUACGGCCGGUCUGGCAGUCAGUCACCAACUACUGCGAUCGGGCAAGUUCUCUCAGGAUGACAUCGCCAUUGUUGACCCUUCCAUGUGGCACCACUACCAACCCGGCUGGACCCUGGUCGGCGGUGGUCUCAAGACCAAGCAAGACCUGCGACGCCCGCUGCACAGCCUGCUCGACCCCAAGCUUAAGUUCUAUAACCACGGCGUGGGCAACUUCUCCCCCGAAAACAACCAGGUCACUCUCGGCAACGGCGACAAAAUCAACUACGACCAGCUGGUCGUCGUCCCUGGUAUCGGCAUCAACUACGACAGCGUCAAGGGAUUGCCCGAGGCCCUCGCCAACCCGGACUCCCUGGUCUCCUCCAUCUACGGCUACGACACCUGCGACAAGGUCUUCUCCACCAUUCAGAAGCUCCAGAAAGGCACCGCCAUCUUCACCCAGCCUGCCGGCGUGAUCAAGUGCGCCGGCGGCCCGCAGAAGAUCAUGUGGCUUGCCCUGGACCACUGGAAGCGCGCCGGUCUCUACAACCCCAGCAACCCCUCCAGCUCGGGCAUCCAGAUCAGCUUCGCUACCGGCACGCCAUCCAUGUUCGCGGUCGCCAAGUAUGGCGCCGCCCUGGAAGCCCUGCGCAAGGAGCGGGGCGUCGAGGGCCUGUUCCAGCACGACCUGGUCUCCAUCUCCGGCAACAACGCCACCUUCGCCCGCCCCGACGGCCAAGAGCAGGUGACCCGGAAAUUCGACCUCCUGCACGUCGUGCCCAAGAUGGGACCCCACGCGUUCAUGAAGACCUCCGCCCUGGCCAACGCCGACGGCUACGUCGACGUCGACCCCGCCACCACCCGCCACACCAAGUACGGCAACGUCUGGUCCGCCGGCGAUGCCUCCAGCCUGCCGACCUCCAAGACCGCCGCGGCAAUCACCUCCGAGGCGCCCGUCCUCGUGCGCAACCUCCUCCAGACGCUGGACGGCAAGGUCCCCGAUGCCGCCUACGACGGGUACGCUUCCUGCCCGCUUCUGACCGAGUACGGAAAGGUCCUCCUGGCCGAGUUCAAGUACGGCGGUGAGCCCAAGGAGACGUUCGGCAAGUGGUUCGGUAUCGACCAGGCUGUUCCUCGUCGUGCGUUCUAUCACCUCAAGAAGGACUUCUUCCCCUGGGUGUAUUACCAGUCGCUGGUUAAGGGUACUUGGGCUGGUCCUGAGGGCUGGAAGAACUAGAGCCGGUCUGGAUGGGACGGGGGAGAUCACAACAUGUACAUUACUCGAUCACAGCGCAUGCGCAUCCAACUACCCAAGUGAUGAAAAUUCUUCAGACGGAAUGUAUAUAAUAGAAAACCGGCUCCGUGGUUAACCC